AACAGGUCCCAAGCAGCACACGGCUAAUCUCAAACGCCUGAUCCACUAAUCAAUCUAGAAACCACCCUAUAAAGCAUUUCCGUUACAUUGCCGCCAAAACGAUCCCCAAACCCUUCCGCCAUUUUUUUUUCCUUUUUAGAGAUUUUAGCGGGGUCCACCUAGCUAGCUAGCCAUGGAGAGACGGGGCUCGCGUGGCUCAUGGCCCCACGAGGUAACUGACAGGGGCCUGGUUGGCUAGCUCCCACGGGAACCGGAGCCGUUGACGUCUAGGGGGCAGAAGAGGCCGACCUGGAUCACCUCUGUGGUAAGAGUUACGACGUGUAGCGGGUAUAAAGGUGUUAGCCUUUCCUCGUGCGCUGUAUAGGAUCAAGGAAAGCAAACGCCGAGUCCUUGAGAUAGAGACUAUAGGUGCACUUUUGUUGAACUGACUCGCCCUGCGCCAGUCGCGUGUUAUUUAGUGAGGUGGUGGCACCAACGACCUGGCACUUGUUACACAGGUUUCUCCGUAUCAUCAGUUAUUGCAAAAACACCGAGAAUCAUCACCCUUGAAUUAAAUGAUUUCCGUAUAGUCUGCUCCUAGUUCCGAUCUGGAAUUCAUUUCAGCAGACAACAUCGCAUCCUUGGCAGAAAUCCUACCUUUAUUUCUGCAGGGCUUGGUUUCAGUCCAAUUGGUGACCAAGGUUCUUAGUCUUACAACACGUACCCGGUGUUCCUACUCGACAGACAUUUCUGGAGGCGUCCAUUCGUGAUGAGCGGAUUUCCCCUGUGAUGCAAGAUUGUGUCAUCACCGAUUCUGAUUCGUCGGGAGGAAAUCAUUCAGCAUCCGCUCCGGACGCGCUGACAGACGUCAACCGAACAUCUACAUCACCCGAUUUUCUUUGAAGGGAUUUGGAGAUCUUGAGAUCCACACCCCCGCGAAGGACUUAAGACGCCUUGGGAAAGGUUUUAUUUUUGCUAGGAUCAGCGUGUUGCUUGUUCACCCAUAGCGUCAAGGCAGCUUGAGUGUUUUAACUCUUAACUGCAGACACCUGCAAAGUUACACCUGUGUUACGCUUAAAGGUGUGUUCUCCACACAACCAGGACACCAAAAUGCAUCUGGUAACGAGUUUUGUAUCUCAGAUUGUCGCUUUAAUGCUGCUUAGUCUAAACCUGGGCUUUCCUGGGUCUGUAGCCGGGCAGAACGGAGCAGAUCACGGCAUAGACUUCAGCUAUCAGAGCCACAACGAACUGGUCGUGUUGUUGCACCAGAUAGCUUGGAAAUGCCGGAGUAUUACGAGACUGUACGACAUUGGGAGGAGUGUACAGGGACGCAGGCUAUAUGUGCUGGAGAUGUCGGAUAACCCAGGGGUACACGAAGUGGGGGAAGCUGAAUUCAAGUAUGUGGCCAACAUGCAUGGGAACGAGGCCACAGGGCGCCAACUACUCAUCUUCCUGGCCCAGUACCUGUGCGAGGAGUACACAAAGAAGAACAAACGAAUUCAGAAGCUGAUCAACAGUACCCGGAUUCACUUACUUCCCACCAUGAAUCCUGACGGGUUCGAGAUGGCAUACCGUAGACACGUCGUCAUGGGUCGUGUGCCGUCCAUGUACGGCCGGGGCAACGCGAACAACGUGGACCUGAACCGUGAUUUCCCGGACUUGAACGACAUCAUGUACAAACACGAGCAAACUGGAGGGGCCAACAACCAUCUCCUGCAACUCAUACGGGAAAAUAAAGAGGGUCGCCAACCCGAGACCCAAGCCAUCAUGGACUGGAUGGCUCAGUACCCUUUCGUCCUCUCCGCCAACAUGCACGACGGCGACCUGGUAGCCAACUACCCGUACGACAAGAGCCGUAACACCCGUAAGAUGUACUCGGCCACGCCCGACGAUAACCUGUUCCGCGAGUUGGCCCUGACUUACUCGCUGUAUCACCGCACGAUGGCUACCAGGGCGGAGCCUUGUCGGUUCCAGGGGGCUAAGGUGUUCCGAGACGGUGUGACCAACGGGGCCGAUUGGUACAUCGUGUCCGGAGGGAUGCAAGAUUACAACUAUCUCUCCAGCAACUGCUUCGAUAUCACACUGGAGCUUGGGUGCGACAAGUUCCCCCGGGAGGAGGAGCUAAAAAGAAAGUGGGAGGACAACAGGGAAUCCUUGAUUGAGUAUAUAGACAAGGUGCAUAUAGGCAUCAAAGGCCAGGUGAUGGACACAGACAGAAAUCCCAUAGCAAAUGCCGUGAUAAGGGUGACGGGGCCUAGCAUUGCUCACGAUGUCACAACGGCUACUGAUGGCGAUUACUGGCGUUUGCUUCUACCGGGUGUGUACACCGUGACUGUCCACGCCCGCGGGUACAAACCCAAGACAGUUGUGGUACCAGUCCGGAGAUACCGACCUACCAAGGCUAACUUCAUCCUGAAACCCCUCCCCAAGGAGUCUUCGGGAUGCAAACUCAGACAGCUCGAGGAGGAGGGGUAUCUGCUCGGUGGGUUCAGGGCCGCCUUGAGACAGUUUGGGUUCCUUGGGGAUGACUGCGAUGGGUUGGUGGAGAGAAGGGAGGACGUCUUGGCGAGCAUGGAGGAUACUACGGCUUCUCCCUGAUGAGGAACCUUAGAAACAAGAAACUAUUUCACGGGAUGUAAUGGUCGGUUAUUAACACAGAUGGACAGACUUUCUGAGAAAAUAGGAGAUAACAGCUCGUCUCGAUUGAAACUUUCAGUUAACGAUUUUUAUGAAUAUUUCAACUUUCUUUCACUCUCUUUUCAUAUUUUAUUGGAAAAGGAAUACAUGUAUUGUACAAUGAAAGAGUCUGAUGUAAACCUGUAUUUAUGAAGCUAGCAGCGUGACUAUUUAUGGCCAUUUUUGUUAGGCGGGGGGG